CUCUCUCUCUCUCUCUCGACACGAAAAGGGGCGGAGACGCUAGGCUACGUUAGCUACAAGCUGAAGCUAGUCAUAAGCUAGCUGCGCUGUGUUACCUACCAGCUAAGAAAAAAAACACAGUCAAACGCUAGACGUUAUUGGCACAUAAUAAAAGCCUAUAGCGUGUCGUUGUCGUCCUUUUCCAGCGGAGGUCUCAAAAAAGCGAAUUGUGAGUCAGCGGACCCUGCUGGUCUCCAGGUCUACUUGAUGAGUAUGAGCGUGACUACAGAAACCCCGAACGAUGGCCCCAGUGUUACAGAAGAGAGCAAGCUGCCUGUGCCUGAGAAGAAGGACAAGAAGGCGGAUGACGUAGCUGAGGAAGAAGAGGAGGAGGAGGAGUACGUGGUGGAGAAAGUCCUGAAUCGACGGGUGGUCAAAGGGAGGGUAGAAUACCUCCUCAAGUGGAAGGGAUUCUCAGAGGAAGACAACACGUGGGAGCCGGAGGACAACCUGGAUUGUCCCGACCUCAUCGCCGAGUUCCUCCAGUCUCAGAAGUCGGCGCACGAGGGCAAACGGAAGGCGGCCAGCGAUGGAGAUGGAGAAGAAAGCAAAUCCAAGAGGAAGAAAGAUGACACUGAGAAGCUGAGGGGCUUUGCCAGGGGUUUGGAACCGGAGAGAAUCAUCGGAGCCACCGAUUCGACGGGAGAGCUCAUGUUCCUCAUGAAGUGGAAAAACUCUGACGAAGCAGACCUGGUUCCGGCCAAGGAGGCCAACGUCAAGUGUCCGCAGGUGGUCAUCUCUUUCUACGAGGAGCGGCUCACCUGGCACUCAUACCCCAGUGAAGAUGAGAAAAAAGAUGAGAAAAACUAAAAAAAAAAAAAAAAAAAAAAGGGGUAGUUUUGAACUUGGUUAAACUUUGGUUUCUGAGGGAGGGAGGGGUGGGGGGAGGGAGUGGGGUUAAACACUUCAGUUAGUCUGACGUUGGUCGUGCUUUUAAGUGUUUAGAACGUCGUCAUCCUGCUUGAGACCGUAUCCAUGCAGUGUUAAACAUUUCACAACCUUUUACCUUCAAAAAUUCGUGUGCCAUGUUGCGUUUUUUUUUCUUCUACAUCUUAGCUGUCGUGUACUUAAGAUCUGUUUGCCGUGAUUACUCUGUGCUUGCUGAUUGUUGUCGUUUUUCUCAUGUCUCGCUGUCAUUUUUGGACAAUAAAGUCACUUUUUGUUA